AAUGGAGGAAAAACCGGAGGUGGAGAUGAUCUCCGUCGCCGAGUCAGCCAAGUUCUACGCGUCGCUCUGUCUCGGCACCACAGCGAUCCUCUCCGUGUUCGCCUUCCUCUUCCUCAUCCCGUUCGUGGUAGACCCGGCGGUGGCAGCGCUCCUCGCUGACUACGAGCCGGAGCCGGUGACUUGCGUCGCCUCGCGGCACAUCUACGCCGAGGGGCUGCGCAAUUGCUCAUGGGCGUCGUGCCGUGAGGGCUGUACUCGUGAGGCGACGCGCUGCCACCAAAUCUUUGUCAACUAUUCGCGCGUGCCGUUCCGCGAUUAUCGACCACCAGUGCCGCUGGAGUGGGAUGUUGCCGAUACGCGUUUCCUCGUCAACGCCGAGGGAUGCGGUUAUCCACCAGGCGUCAAUUGUACACGCUUUGCGAGACAAUAUGGCGGCGAAUCGGCGGGCACACCAUUUCCGUGCUACUACUCACGCGUCUAUCCAGAUGUCGUUGUAGCGCGGUAUUCGUGGGACGACACGUUGCGCCAUCUGGUGCUCUCGAUCGCUAUUCCAAAUCUUCUCUUCGCUGCUUCGGUGGGUGUGCUUAGUUACUGGUACUGCCCUGGAUGUGGGCGGGCUUGUCAUAAGUACAUGCAUCAUUUUCCCAAUGAGGAUGACGAGGAUUAUGAGGAUGGUGCCUACUAGCGCAAGCUGAAAACUAAGUAAAUCUUUGACAAGCCUUAAAUCACGCCUUAAACAUAACCUAUAUAAUCAACUAAUACUAACUGCAGCUUAAGAAUUUCAUCAGUAUUAAAACACUCAAGCCAUCAAUUGAAACCGACUAAAUAAUUAGAUUAAUUUAGAAUUACAAUUAUAUUAUGGGAAUUUGUGAUAAGACAAUUUAAAGUAAUUCUAGUUUAGAUUAGGGUAGCACCAAAUAUCAACUACUAGGUAGGCAACUUUAACAACUUAAAACGGCGAACAAAAAAAAUACAAAAAUUUUUGAAAUAGGAAUAUUUUGAGUUCGGAUUCAAUUAAACUCUAGUUAAACAAUCAUCAUCCCUCAAUCAUCACGGGUAAUAAUUAUAAAGUAGAAGUAGAGCCUGUAGGGCAUAACCAAUUUUAAAACUUGAGAAAUUUAGUUUGAUGGGUGAUUGAUGGCUUGAUUUGAUAAAUUUUGACUUUUGACGUUGUGAUUAUUAGAAGACAAAAUGGGGACAAAUAAAAGGGGCAAUAAACAUCUGUCAGUUUUCGAAACUUGCAAUUUUGAGAGUCAAUUAUUCAAAAUGCAAAUGGCUGCGGUUUGUAUUAAUAAUAAUUAAUCUUUCUUUUUUUAAUAAAAUUUUUAUUUUGGAAAUUUGAUGAAAAUUUUUCAAAUUUUUGAUCUGGAAAAUUUUUCGAUAUUCUUAAAUGGUGAAAUUUAUAAAUUAAAAUUGCAAAAAUCGAAAUAUAUUGGGCUUUUUGGAAUUUUGAUCAAAUUUUAUUUGAGAUAUUGAAAAAUUCAAAAAUUUGAGAAAUUAAAUUCAAAACUUCUAAAUUCUAAAAAAUAUUUUAAAUAAAAAAUAUAAAAUAGUUAAAAAUAUUAAAACUUAAUUUUUAAAUUUUAAAAAAUAAAAAUGUCUACUUUAAAAUCGAAAAAAGCGUAAAGUUUCGAUUUUAAACAAAUUUUUUUUAUUCAAGGUGAUAAUAGGUUUGAUAAAGAUUUACUUAAUGCUUGCCAGGCCAAAAUAAAACCAAAUUCUUCAGAAUUGCGAGCACCUGGAGAGAAUCUUCCGUCUCAACGCUACACAACACAUAACCUAUAACAACACGAAACGCAACACACAUUACACACACUACUCACUUUUUGACAGACGCAAAUCAAAUCAAUCAACUUUAUUACUAUGAGAACAAAUACUUAAUAACUGCGAAAAACGACACGCGCUUGUUAGCGAUUUUUGACUCUUACUCGAUCGACAAUUAAAAAUAUAUAUUACGAUACAAUUACAACCAAACUGUUUAUAAAUAUAUACUAAUAUAAAUAUAAAUAUAUUGUCCUAAGUAACUGCCUUACAGAAAAGAUGACAUAGCAUAAACUAGCACGAAUUUAUUGCUGGAUUUAAUGCUGAAAAGUGGAGGAAUUUAUUUUUAGUGUAAUUAUACAGGGUGUAUCAGAAUAAUUAAUUAUUUGCUUAUUCUGAUACAAGUUGUGUGAAUAUUUUAAUGUUAAACUUUGCACUGCGCUUGCGUCCAAUGAUUAUUUGCAUUUUUGACUUUUUGACAAUUUUGACAAUUUCCCAGACUUUGAGAAGAUGACUUUGCGCUCUGCAGUGGUGGUAAAACGCUAAAUAAAAUAAAAGAAGAAAAAAUAAUAAAAAUGCUGCAAUGACAUAAAUUUUUAUAUUUCCUAGAUAGUUGAUUAGUUAGUUAAUUAGUUAGCUAGAUUGACAAACAAUUGUAAGCUCUAAGAAUGAUAUGAUUAGUUCGAUUCUAUUGUUGAUUUACCUUUGGAUGUAUUUGAACGUUUUCUGAAUGUAAUAUUUGCCUGUUUCACGUUUUCGGCGUUUUAAUUGCGUGCAGAUUGUGUCCUAUGAAACAAUUGUGUAUGACGAACGCAAUUAAUCAAUUAAUUCAUUGAGAUUUAUUACAUAUUGUACAGGAAAUUAUUAAUAUAAUAAGAUUGCCGUUAUUAUCCUGAUGAUAUUAUGAAAUAACAUUAAUUAUGAUUAUAUUACAUUAUAUUAUAUUAUAUUAAAUUGUUCAAAGAAAA